GACUACAAACUCUUUUAAACAACAUAUAAUAAAGCUUGAUUUCAGCCGCAUUUUAGGGUUAUUUUUGACGAGUGUUGGUUCGCCUUUCACCAGGGCUUUAAGGGGAUUCAGUGCUGGUUACAGCCGGCUAGCACCGGUGUAGGUCGGUUUAACACUGUAACAUUUUAAUUUCAAUAAACCUACUUUUUAGAUAUCUCUAAGCUAUCAUUUAUAGCACUUUACACGUGUGGUGGACACAAUAAACCGCACCAAUCGUGUAAUUCAAUGAGGUUUUGAUAUGGAAAACGUUACAUUUAAACAAUGGUUUUAAAUAGACCCUUAUAAAUACUUAAACACUUUGACGUGUUUUGAUCUGAACAUAGAGCCCCAGAGCCUUUUUCAGAGCAUUUCUAUCGUAGUUACGCUCUAUUCAGACCAAACGGGGUCUGAUUAUCAUGCCAGCCACCUUUGUUUUUAUUUUUUAGAAACAUUUUAGGGUGGUUAAAAUGCCCUUCAGCCGGGCUCUACUCCGCUGGCUGACGCGCCGCCAUUACACAUGCAGCGCAGCGGCGACGCCUCGCCCUGGAAAAAGCCAUUUUGUGACUAAUUCAGUCGGCGCACACGUUUGCUAAACGACACCAGAUUAUGACUAGCCCUUCAUGUUCAAGUAUUUUUAAAACAGUCGCUAUGAAUCAAAGGGGGCGACCCAGAACGCGUCCGUGGCGGAAGCGGAGCCCCGCGCCCCGUCGGUUUGGAGGCAGUCUCUGGUGCUGCAUGCUGUAGCAGUCACUCAUCAUGAUCCCUGGCUGUGUUUCCCCCUCGCUCUCGACGGAGACCGAAAGCAGAUCCCGAUCCGUGGUCAGCUGGUCCGUCUAGACAAGCGUGUACGUCUGCAGCUGCCUGCCUAUCGCCCAAAACGCUGCUUCCUCCUCCUGUAGUACCUCCCAGUAUCCCCUCGUCCGCCGAAAAUAUACUCCGAUCUCGAAGGACUGCACGAAACGCUCGCCGAGUGCAGGAGAAGCCGUUUCAAGUCUUAGUUGUGUAGACAGAAUGGAAGAUUAGACGGAUUGGCUGCUCUUGCUGGUGUCGACUGCAGAGUUAUUUGAGAUUUGAAACCGUCACAAGCAAUGGGCUCUGUCUCACGAUGGAGCGUGAACGCUUAGGGGCGGUGUAAUCAACAUCAACCAUUAUGAGUCGGGCUGGAUCUUAAUUCCACUCUUCAGGCAGCAAUUCCUUGUUUCGAGACAUUAGCCUACAAAACACCUGCACGAGUGAUUCCCGACAAUGAAUGGAGAAAUGGACUCCUCUGCUAAAGAACCCGUUUGGGAGCAGGAUGACUUGUUGAAGCUGUUGGAUGCCAUGAAGGUGAACCUGCCAGAAAAAGAUCUGGCCAAGUACAAGACGUCCGAGUCCCAUUUGGACUGGGAGAAAGUGGCUUUCAACUCAUACUCUGGGGAGAUGUGCAAACAGAAAUGGCAUGAAGUGUCACGUGAGAUUCGCAAAUUCCGCACCCUUACUGAGCUGAUCGUGGAUGCGCAGGACUACGUCAAAAAUCCAUACAAAGGAAAGAAGCUGAAGAAGCACCCAGACUUCCCCAAAAAGCCGUUGACACCGUAUUUCCGUUUCUUUAUGGAGAAACGUGCUAAGUAUGCUAAAUUACAUCCAGAGAUGAGCAACCUAGAUCUCACAAAAAUCCUGUCCAAAAAAUACAAGGAGCUCCCGGAGCGUAAAAAAGAUAAAUAUGUGAAAGACUUUCUCAGAGAAAAAGAGACGUUCAUGCUCAGCAUGAUGAAGUUCAAGCAAGAUCAUCCCGACCUUCUUGAGAACGUUAACAAGAAGUCCAAUGUUCCAGAGAAGCCCAAGACGCCCCAGCAACUGUGGUACAGCCAUGAGAAGAAGGCCUUUCUCAAAGCACACCCAGAUGCGACUACCAAAGACAUCAAGGACAAUCUUGGCAAGCAGUGGCCACAGCUCGCAGACAAGAAGAGGAUAAAGUGGAUCACAAAGUCUUUGGAGCAGAAGAAAUUGUAUGAGAAAAAGAUGCGCGAGUUUGUCCAGCAGCACCCAGAGAUGAACAUCACGGAGGAGAACAUCGUCAAAUCCACUCUGACUAAAGCAGAGAGACAGCUCAAGGACAAGUUUGAUGGGCGGCCAGACAAACCGCCUUCUAAUGGUUACUCUAUGUUCUGUGCUGAGCUGAUGUCCAGUAUGAAAGACGUUCCCAGUACAGAGCGCAUGGUCAUGUGCAGCCAGCGCUGGAAACUCCUCACACAGAGCGAGAAAGAUGUCUUCCAAAAGCGCUGUGAGCAGAAAAAGAAAGACUAUGAAAUUGAGAUGAAUCGCUACUUAUUAAGUAUCUCAGAGGAGGAACAGCAGAGAAUACUGUCAGAACAGAAGAUGGGCAGCUUUAAAAGGGGAGGUGGAGGCGUUAGUCCUGCUUCCAAAAAGAAGAACUCAAAAGCAAAGUCCAGUACAGAGAAGCCCAAGCCUCCUGUGUCUGCAAUGUUUAUUUUCUCUGAGGAGAAGCGCCCAAAACUUCAACAGGAAAGGCCUGAUCUUUCUGACAUGGAGCUCACCAGACAGCUGGCCCGCAUGUGGAGCGAGCUUUCUGACAAGAAGAAGGAGAAGUAUAAAAACCUGGAGAUUGCGCUGAAGGCAGAGUCUGAAAAACAGAGCAAAGACGACAAAGGGAAACUACCAGAAACACCCAAAACAGCUCAGGAUAUCUGGCAACAAAGUGUCAUUGGCGACUAUCUUGCCCGAUUCAAGAAUGAUCGAGCAAAAGCUCAAAAAGCCAUGGAGGCCACCUGGAACACCAUGGAGAAGAAAGAGAAGAUCAUGUGGAUCAAGAAGGCAGCAGAGGACCAGAAGAGAUAUGAAAGAGAGCUGAUUGAGAUGCGAUCGCCAGCCCCAGUCAUCACCCCUGGGAAGAAAAUGAAAUUUGAUGGGGAACCUAAGAAACCGCCCUCGAACGGUUAUCAGAAGUUCUCUCAGGAGAUGCUCUCAAACGGCGAGCUGAAUCAUCUGCCCAUGAAAGAGCGCAUGGGUGAAAUCGGAGGCCGCUGGCAGCGGCUCCCUCAGAAAGAGAAGGACCGUUACAAAAGACUGGCAGAAGAGAAACAGAGGCAGUACAAAGUGCUGCUUGAGCAGUGGCUUGCGGGUUUAUCAUCACAAGAGAAAGCUGUAUAUAAAGAAUAUAAUUCUCUGAAACGGAGGAGCACAUCAAAACCAGGUGCCACUCCUGCUAAAGUGAAACCCAAGGCCAAACAAUCGGAUGAGGAAGAUGAUGAUGACGAUGACGAUGAUGAUGAUGAUGACGAUGAUGAUGAUGACGAAGAUAAGGAAUCUGAUGACGGAUCAUCCUCUGAUGACAGUGAUGAUGACGACGAUGAUGAUAAUGAAGACAUAGAGGAUGAAGAGGUUGAGGAUAAAGAGAAUAAGUCAGAAAGCAGCAGCAGCGCUUCCAGCUCUGACGAUUCAUCGGGUUCAGACUCAGAUUGAGCCAGAGCCGAGGCAGGCUGAGCCCACAGACUGCCAGAAAUGCUGUGAACUGAGCCAUGAGCCGGGGGUCUGAGCCACCACAGGAGGGGGCUCACCCCGCUGUCACACAUCUGCGCCACCUCUCACACACUCUUUCCUUGGCUUCUCUUCUCCCCUGCACUUCUGCUUUUAGUUUUUCCUCCCUCUAUGAAUUCUCUUGCCAGGUUUUAAGGCAUUUUAGGCAACGUGUAUGAGGAUGUCUAAAUUCCUCCCAUCACCGAAAAGGGUGCAGUGCUCUUCUGUUGGCUUGUUGUAGAAGAGUUAUUAGGACGCCCCCUGUUUAUACAUUAAAUGUAGGAGGACAUAGAGAGCACCAGGUGCCAUUUUCUUUUCCGUAAAUGAGCCAAAGAGUCUCUUAGUUUCACAGAUUAUUUCAGGAGGUACAGGGGACCAAAUAACUGCACUCUGAAGAAUGUUUGCUUUCUUUUCUUCUGUCUGUACCUCUCCUGUUCUUCCUAGUAGCGUUGUUCCUCUCCCUUUCCUGCUCCCUCCAUUUUUGCUUUGGUGUUUGUUUUUGCUUCUUCGGUUCAAAACAAAUGUGGUAUUUUCAGGAACAAUGAAGCCAUUUUGAAUGUUUCCGCAUGGACCCAGCUGGCCUCGCACGCGGUUCUUGUUCACCAGGCAUUUGUGCGCUGCCCCUACCUGCACCUGACGAGGGGUUAAAGGUGAAAAUGGACUAUUUAUUUUUGUCCUGUUUCGGAAUGCUGCCCGUAGCUGUUUCGCCACAGCUGAUGGGUUUGAGUUCGCUGUUCGUUCAGAUAAUAAAACUGACUGAUGUUACAUAACGAGGAGGACUAGUUUAUCAGUUAAUUGUUUGGCAACACAAGCAAAGUUCUUGUAGAAGUAUGCUUGUUUUGUUUUUUUGAAGAUGGGGCACCAACAUGUUUUUCUUCUGUUUGUUAAUAAUGGUUAUGUAUUUUUUGAAGCUGAUGUUUUGUUCCGCUUUCCAACCACUGUUUUAUUUGGUGCUCCAAAUAACUUUUUCUUUUUAAAAUGAUAGGUUUUAAAUAUGAUGGAUAUGAGUUACCCCACAAUUCAGUGCACUUAUGAUUGAAUCCCUAGCUCACAAACCUAGUGGUUUUUUUCAGUAUUCCUCUUUCUGCAUUUCACUCAUUAGUCCACCAUGUCUGCCACCUCACAGGUCUUUCACGCACCAGCUCAAGGAAUGUAAUGGAGGUGUUUUAUUUAAGAGAGGGGUACCGGUAUUUGUUAUGUGUUUAUGUAUAUAUGAACAGUUUUGAGGGUGACUGGUAUAUUCUCUCAUUCCAAUGCUCUGGCCUGAAAUGAUAACUAAAUUUAGUUAAACCCACAGCCCAGCUUCCUCCGCUGAGCUGCCACCUUUUACUAAGUAUGUUCAUGCAGUCCUCCUAAUAGGGGCACUGUAAGUGAUUUUUCAAAACUUCAAAACUUUGAACCUUUUUCAUUUGCAUGAUUGGGGGGGUUGCUGUCAAAACAGAUCUGGAUGCUGUAAUUUCUGUACCAGACAUGUGAAUCUGAAGUAAUCAAGGUCUGUAUCAUGCAAAAAAUUUCUGUUCUUGGAUCAGUUUGAAAAAUAUAAUUUGGCUAUAGAUGUUUUGAUUGAUGGGCCGGGAUAAGAAACCGAGUGGACAUUUCAAGAUUUGUUGAUAUUUUAUAGGAUUUUGAGACUUGCAGAUAGAUUUGGGUUGGGUUCAGUGCUGUUGUAAGGUAUUUGUACAUAUAGCUUUCUUUUAUUUCCCUUUGUAAUGAGUGAAUAUUAUUGCGUUUGUAUUUUCGGUUGGCUAAGCAAUAUGCUGCUGUAGCCAAAAUGAAUUUGUUUGUCAAUUGGGGACAUGUUUUUAAUUUGGUAAGUUUUAGUUUUUUACCCCUUCCCGUGUUUGUUUGUUUAUUUGUAGAAAUGGCAAAAAAAGAGAAAAAGCUUAAAUUUGUACUACAGGUUUGAAACAUUUGGACGUUUUCUAUAGCAAGAGAUGUUAUAUCCCUGCAAUUUACAAUUUGAGCAAAUAAACCUUCUCUUAAACA